AUGAGUUUUAACGAUGUAUAUCACGGUGAGUUGAUAAUUUUUCAUUUAAAAAUGUUAAAUAUUCGUUUACAGAUUAUAUUCAAGAUAUAACAAUGAGUGUUGGAAGAAGGUUUAUGCCGACAAAAGAAAUAUCAGUGGAAGAUGUGAUUUUACCGAGACAAUUAGUUUUUGCUGAAUUAGACUAUAAUUUUGAAGCUGAAAAUCGAGCAAGAGAAGCUUUUGAAAACCAUAACGAGAAACCACCUCCAGCGAUUCCAAAACGAACAAUGUCAAAGCCUUCAACACCUCUUCCAGAAAAUGCCGAAACAAAAACAAGUUUGACUCAGGUGAAUAAUGAAUAUUUUGAUUUUAUUCAUCUUUUGCUAUUUCAGGAAGUUCUUGUUCCACAACCGCAUCCAAGAAAAAGUGUAUCUCCUUCUCAACAACAAACAAAUCAAAACUCUUCUUCAUCUCAAAAUCCAACAACAAGUUCACAUUCUUUUGUUGAUUUUGAAGCACACUCUACAGUUUUUGAUGAUCUUGAAUUAUCAGCUCUUGAUGAAAAGAAAGCACUUCAGGAGAUAUUAAUGCCAACCAACAAUAAUGUUGUCAAAUCUGAAACACCUCCUGUGCCUCCUAGAAAAAUUUCUCAAAAUGUUGUGUCAGGUUUGUUUAUUGGAUAUUUUCUUUGUUUGUGGAACGAUGAUUCAAAACUAUUCAUUAGGUCGUUCUCGAUGGUCUUCUUAUCUAAUUCUGUUGAAAUAUUUGGUGUUUGAGCAUGUGAUAAUACUUUUAUCACAAAACGAUUGAAACAAAAAAAAUAAUGUUUAAACAUUUCAGAUUCGAACAAACAAGCAAAUGGAACCAAACAAAAAGACGAAGAUUUGAAAAAUCGUUUACAUGGAAAAGGUUAUCGAUCUGAUAUUAUUGAAUUAUGCAUACAAAAAUUGCCACGAAAUCGCUUUGUACAUGUAAGCAAAUAUAUUUUUGAGCAUAACUUGGAUGCCUUAUAUUUUCAGAUUGAGUAUUACAUGAAAGCAUGUAGAACAAUCGAAAAAACUGGAAAAUCAUCUAUAGAAGCUUCUUUGGACUUUUUGAUCGAUAGCCAAGUAACUGAUAAACAGGUGAGUAAGAGGAAUUAAAAUCACAUAAGGGUUUUUGAAUUGGAAUUCAAUUUCUAAAUUUUUAUUUCUAGAAAUUCGAAAUCUUUCUGAAAAGUUUAUUCUCGAGCAACUCUGCUAUGACUCUUACGAAAAGUUAGAAGAAAACGUGAACUGUACAUUAAUGUAUAGAACUUUAAACUGGAAAAAUUCUAUUCUUCAUUCGGAAAUUAAUUUCUCAAUUAUUUGUUGAAUUUUAUAGAUUUCUCUCACGUCCAUAAUUUUUUUUUUUAGUUUUCGAAAAUGCAUGGAAAAAACUCUUAAGUACGAAUAAUCUCCUCCCAGAACAAAAUUUCAACUAUUUAAUUUUUUCAGCUCAUCCUCAAAUAUUCGGAAACAAGUGCUCAUUUACUAAAAAUGGGUUUCACGGAAGAAUGUUCAUACCGUGUGACAAUUGAAGAACAAGCCGAUAUGAAAAGAGCUGUGGAUAAAGCAUUAUUGUCAUGA